AUGUUUACGUUGCAAGCCGUUCUUAGUCUUGUUAAAGUGGAAGGAUAUAUCAACACUAAAGUGACUUGCAAAAAAAGUUGCGGCAAUGACACGAAGACCUUAAGGUUCCUUGUACUUAAGGGAAUAGCAAGGACAUUGUUACAUCCGCACAUAAACUCGAUUAUAGACACGAUAUCGUUUAAAGUUUAA